AUGAAGGAGUAUGAUUAUUUGUUCAAAAUCAUCAUUAUUGGCGAUAGUGGCGCGGGGAAAUCGUCCCUACUGCUUCGCUUUGCUGACGACACAUACAGCGAAUCGUACAUGAGUACCAUUGGGGUAGAUUUUAAAAUCAAGACGGUCAAAAUCGACAAUGCCACCAUCAAAUUGCAAAUCUGGGACACCGCAGGACAGGAGAGAUUCAGGACGAUUACUUCAACGUACUACAGAGGAGCUCACGGCAUUAUCACCGUAUACGAUGUUACAAGCCGUGUUUCUUUCGAGAGUGUGAAAAAGACGUGGCUUGCCGAUAUCGAAAAGUACUCCAGCGCAAACAUCUCAAAGCUCCUUAUUGGAAACAAGGUAGACUUGGAGGACUCACGUGCAGUCACAUGUGACGAAGCACGCGAAUUCGCAGAUCAAAACAGCAUGGAUUACAUUGAAGCUUCAGCGAAAACGGCCCAAAAUGUAGAAAAGGCAUUUGAGUCAAUCGCCAGAGCCCUAAAGGACAAGGCAACAAGAUGUACCACCCCUGUUACCGCCACAAAUACCUUCAAUCUCAGCAGCACAACUCGUGUGGCAACGAACAGAAACAUAUCCGACAAGUGUCAAGAAAUACCCGUUGUCGGACCGAUAGCCGCACCCUUUAGGAGGCGUAAAGCUUUAAAACAUGAUACGAAUCGCACGACCGCUCACAUCUGCUGCAAACAAAACCAACAAAGCACUGCGUUGUACCUUGCCAAGGAAGCGGGGAUCGCAACAAAACGCGAAAUACAGAAACUUAUAGUCUCUUCACCGUCCUUCUCAGCCGACAAGACGCCGUUUCUCAUCUCAAACUUCUUUAACGAAAAACGGAAAUAUCAGACGUUCGACACUGAGAUUAACGAUAAAAGGGGGCUAACCAGGGAUGAAGAGCACUUAACCACAUCGCAACAGCUACCAGAAGUGUCACGCAUCGAUCAUAUCAUCGCAGAAAAAACGAAGCCCGCUGCAAAUGACCUGUUUUGGUUCAAGGGUAGCCGAUGGAACGCAAGAGCGCAAGGAUUUGGAACAUGUAUGCGGUCUACAACGCAUGUAAUAAUAAAACGUGGAAGCGGAGUGAUCAAGGUAAACGGAGAGGAAGACUUAUACAAAAGAUGGCCAAUAUUUUACAAUAGGAUGGAUGUAUUGGAACCGUUUUAUCUUGCUGGUUGCUGCGGAAUAUACGACCUUUUUAUCGAAACCAGAGGAGGGGGUAUCACCGGGCAAUCCAGAUCUACCAGACUUGCUCUGGCACGUGCUAUAGUCGCCGCAAACCCAUCAGUCAAGUAUGCCCUCGAAUCUGCUUUAUACGAGGACAUUAGACAAAAAAUGCCAAAGAUGCCGGGAAGAACAGGUGCACGAUCGUUGAGAAAGUGGCGAAAGAGAUAA